AUGUCGUACGCACAAUCAGAAGCGAAUAACAAUGCCAAAUUCGACGAGCUGAGCUCAAGAUUAUCAACGUUCCGUAAUAUAACUCAAGACAUUGACAACAUUGCAAGGGAUGAUUCGAUAAUUACACAGUUGAACGAGCAAGUUUCGAGGAUCUAUGAUAAUAUACGAGACUCUUCACACGGGCUUACAAGAGCGAUGCAAAGUGGCAAUUCUGUCUGGAGAUAUGUUGGAAUGGCGUUAGGUAUAUUCUUCAUCAUUUGGAUGCUUACAAAGCUCUUUUAG